AGGUAUACAGGUGGAAGGGGAGAUGAUAAAUUGGGGGAAUCCCCGUUUAUACGCUUAGCCUAGCCUUGGGAUAUCGAUAUGGGGCGUGGUCGCGCGCGUCGAUCAUUUGUAAUUGUCGUCGCGUCGUAUUGUCAUCAAAAGUCAUCUGACUGGCGCUGGCACUGAGUAGAAAUACGAAGACUGUGAUGUUUGUGUUGUGAAAUAUUCAAUUAAGUUUGAAAAUGAGCCAGCCUGAAACAGGAACUAUUGUUGAAGGUAUAGGAGAUGAGCUGUUUCAUAUCUUUGGGUUAAUAAUCGUAGUCGCCGUGCCGUUUUUUGUCGCUUAUCGAAACCGGUUAAGAUUAAUAGCAACUAGAGCCAUACACCCAGAGAGUGAAGCCCAGGUCCAGCAUACACGCACCCAGCUCGGCUACGGUAGAUCAAAUACCAGUGACCCCGAUGGAAUCGCAGCAACGAAUGGGCAAGCAACGGGGGAGUCAAACAGACAAGACAGUGGUAACGGGCAGAGCAGUAAUGGACGACGUGGUAUGAGCACCCAGCAGUAUAAUGGAGACGCACCUUGCCCUAUCUGCCUUGAAGAGAAAGAAUGCGCAGCUGAGACCAAUUGCGGUCAUGUGUUUUGUGGUAACUGUUUAAUUGCCUACUGGAGACAUGGUACAUGGCUUGGUGCUAUAAGCUGUCCUGUGUGUAGACAAAUGGUAACAAUCAUCCUACCAGUAUUCCAACAAGAUGAACAGAAUAGUGGUGAGGGGAGAAGAAUUCUUGCAGAAAUCAGGGAUUAUAAUAGAAGAUUUUCAGGAGAGCCCAGACCUUUUAUGGACUACAUCUAUGAUCUUCCAACCUUGCUACGUCACGCUGCCCAUGACUUCUUUUCUUACCAUGGAGUUGUUUGGAUGUUCCGUCUGAGGAUCAUUUUCUGCUUCGCAGCGGCCCUUCUCUACCUUAUAUCCCCUCUAGACAUCAUUCCAGAGGCAAUCUUUGGGGUUCUAGGACUCUUUGAUGACAUAUUUGUGGUCCUGAUAUUGGCUAUCUAUGUCACAGUCAUCUACAGGGGCAUUGUGGCGCAAAGGAUGGAAUAGCGCCAGUGUCAAGGUCAUGAUAAAUGAACAGUAAUUGCUGAUUGGUCUACAACCACUGGCGUAAAUCCUUGCGUCACACCUACUGUUCAGGGGGAGAUGAUUUAUUGUUCAAUCCCCCCCCCCCCCACUUGAGAAUAGCAUGACGUCACGGAUUUACGCCCGUGUCUACAACCGCUACGUCUACUUUCCAUUUGGUCUCAUCCCACACGAUCUAAUCCUACCUCAUAUACAACCAUUUAAUCUACAAAUCACUUGGACUGAUUGCUAUUGGCCCAUUUACGAUCCCAGUAAGGCUCUACCUAUAUUUUCUAAUACCUACUUACACCAUGUUAUCUUUAUGGUUAGAUGAGCUGUUCAUGAAACAAAUCUUAAUUUUACAAAGUAACAAAAACAAAUAGAUAAAGUGAUAUUGGACCAACUGGGCAUUGGACUGAAUGAGAAUUAGACAAAGUGGGCAUUAAACCAAGUGUAGUGUUGACCAAAUGGCUUGUAGAUCAAGUGAAUAUAAACUUAAUGAACUAUGUGAUGAUUGGUAGGAAGAGGAUUCAAUAGCACCAAGGUCAAAGGUCAUGGUUUCUGUAUAAUGAACUGCACCCGUUAGGAGGAUCACUUCACACCAAUGUCAAACAUCAUUGUCCCUACAAAGUGAACUACUGCAAAGUGUCUUUGAAGAGGAAAGUAUUUCACCAGGGUUAAAGGUCAUGGAUUCUGUAUUAUGAAUUGCAUCUGUUGUCACUUCAUGCUGAUGUCAACGGUCAUAGACUCCACAGAGUGUAGGUGUCUUUGAAUAGUUGAAAUCAUACCAAUUUUAAAGGUCAUGAAUUGUAUGAUGUAUUUAUAUUCCCGUUAUGGCCUUACACAUGUAUCUGUUUAUGGAGUGCCUUAAUUAUUAUUAAAUUCAAGGACUUUAUAGUUAUGAUAUCAUGCUGUUAUCCUUCUGCUAUGCUAUUUAGUUAAAUCAAUUUUAUAGAUUUAUUAGCAAGCGAACUAUGUGAUUUCAUGGAAAUAUAUAUCUAACUGCAAUCAUUUGUUUUUUCUAGGUGUAUUGCUGGUCAUGCAAAAAGUGCUGUUCUUAGCUUUGUAGGAUAGUUGUUGAUAGGCAUAUGCCAUUAUUUGCCCACCAUAUAUUUGAUAUGCAUUUCACAACUUAUUUUCCUGCAAAUAUUUGUUUUAACCCUUGUAAUUUUAUACAAUUCUUCUUUCAUCCGCUCAUGUUGCAUUACUAAGUACUGCCUUUUAUUGGAAGGGAAUGGAAAAGAUGACUUUUCCAGUAUGUUAUAUGUUUCUUUGAUACAGAAUGGCAUCGAUUCAAUAAUGUGAUACCUUGACCAACUUUAUAAAGCAAUUUGUACCUCCACCCUCCAUUUGCUUUUAUUCUCUUUUUUUUCUCACUUCACAAACUGCUUGAACUAUGCAUGAUAAAAAUGAGAGCAUUAUGUAUUUUCGAAUUGAAAAAGAGAUAAUUCAUUUCAGAAAGGUCACUUAUAAAUAAAUAAUAUAGGAUUUGUAUAGUGCACGUAUCCACCUCGCUAGGUGCUCAAGGCGCUCCUUAUAAAGAAAUCGUACAUACAUUCUUUAUGUAGUUGCUCAUAUGUACACCAGGGCCCUGUCUUACAAAGAGUUGCGAUUAAUCUGAUCAACUACAACUAUGGAAGGCCAGCAGCAUUAACAUGUAAAAUGGAUGUUUGCUCAAAAUAUGUUCUAGAUAUGCUAUAAAUUCAUACAUUCAUUCCUUUUUUAAAUAUCAGUGUGCUUCUCUUUGUGUAUAAAGGACUUUGUGCAAAUUUUUAGUAGAAAAAAUUAUGACAUUGCUGGAUUUCCAUACUGUUGAGAUGGAUCGGAUCAAUGGUAACUAUGGAAAUCCAUCAGUGUCAUAUUUUUUUCUACAGGAAAUUUGCAAAAUGUCCUUUGUAAACAAAGGGGAAAACUCCAAAUUGUCAAGAAAACAAUGAAUUUAUGAAUGUACAUUAUAUCUAGAAAAUAUUUUGAACAAACAUGUAUUUAUAAGAUGCAGACGUUGCUGGCUUUCCAUAGGUAUGAUUGAUGGGAUCAAUCGUAACUCUUUGUAAGACAGGGCCCUGCUGAAAUGUAAAUUGCUACUUGGUUUGAUUCAAAUUGUAUUUUGUCAUGAAUACAAGUAGUACAUUUAGCCAGAGUACAGACAAUAUUAUUUAUUUUGUAUUUCUUGAGAUGACAAAUAAUAGCCCAGAAGAAUAGAAUAAUAAGAUGCAAUUAAGAAAAUACCAACAUCUCAAGAAAGUUCAAGUGCAAGAUUAUAUUUCUUAUUUAUAUAUACGUAUGUUUAUGAAGAUUUUGAUUACACAUUGAGGAUCUCUAUAAAUUUAUUCUACAGAUUUGUUUUAAGGUGUAUUUUGUUUAGUACCAGAGUCCAUAUUGUUUUAAAGGGAUGCUCCAGGCUGAAAAUCAUUCACAGAGCAAAAUGCUGAAGAUUUCAUCAAAAUCUGAUAAUGGUUAUUGAACUAUAAAUUCAAGCAAUAUUUUAUAAAAACUGUUAUAUGCACGUCGUCAUGAAUAUACAAUAGGUGGGCAGUGGGCUGUUGAUGUUUCCCCACUUUCCUUGUUCUUAUGAAAUCAGAAUUAUGUUAUAUUUACAUAUAUGUACAUGUAUGUAGUCUUCCAUUGUAAUGAAAUUAUUUGCAGCAAUGAAUAUCUCACAAAAUUAAAUCAUUUGUCAAUCUUUUUUUUUAUUCUUGGAGGAUAAUUGUGAAUAAAUAGAACUUCAUAUAUUAAAAUAUAGUUGAAAAAUUUGGGAUAAGACAUCAUCUUGCUCAUUGCAUAUUCAUGAAGAAAUGCAAAGAACUGUUUCACUGAAAUAAUGCAAAACUUUCAAAUGUUAUAACUUUGUUAUUCCUUGUCUGAUUUUGAUGAAAUGUUCAGUGUUUUGUUUUUCUGAAUUUACUGUAUCUGUUCAAACCAUAUUAAUUUUGUAGCUUGGAAUAGUACGCCUUUAAAUGCAUAGCUCAUGUGAUGAAUAUUAUGGAGGUUAGGUAAACCCUUAGCUUAAGUUGGUUCUUGUACAGUGGAAAUAAAAAGUUACAUUUUAGGAAAA